AUGAAGACGCACGAUGGGAGGGCGGAUAUGACCAACUUUGAGAUGGACCUUUUUGAUACGAGGAUGAUGAGACCGACGGAAAAGGAGGAUGGUGAUGGAUGUUGUAGUGGACGUCGGAAUCAUCGUGUUGUCGGUCCUGCUUGCCUGCCAAUUACGAUCGUUGCCUUACUUAUCAUUACUCUGGUAUUUGUUCCCCUAUUCAACGAUGACGAUCUCGAAGCAGCCGACAAAUUCCUACUCCAAAAUAUUUGCACAAAAAGCUGCGACGUGGAAUUGACCGAAACGAUGCCGAGUGGAUUGGUGUAUAAAACAGGGCCCACCCAUCCGCAAACCUACAAAACGUGGGUGGAUCUGAUAAACCGCGCUGAAAAAUACCUGGACAUUGCGCAGAUGUACUGGGAAUUGAAUUCCACUGAAUACCCGACGGCUGCUUAUGGACGUGAAGUUUUUGAAGCCCUCAUCCGAGCUUCCAGAGAUCGGGGUGUAAAAUUGCGAAUUACCCAAUCACCACCCACAAAACAAUUCCCACAAACCGAUACUCAAUGGCUGGAAGAGCAGGGACUGGCCAAAGUUCGUAGUGUGGAUAUGACACGCUUGGUUGGCGCUGGGAUCCUGCACACCAAAUUCCUGGUCUCCGAUAUGCAACAUGUCUACGUUGGGAGUGCGAAUGGGGAUUGGAAGAGUUUGGCCGAGGUGAAAGAAAUGGGAAUUGUGGCUCGGAAUUGCCCGUGUCUGGCUACUGAUGUCUACCGUGUUUUUGCUGUCUAUUGGCGGCUUGGCGAUAAGGAUGCAAAAGUUCCGGCUCAAUGGCCUAUCAGUUUUAGAACACCAUACAACGCUGAAAAACCGAUGGAAGUACUGUAUAAUAACAAAAAGAUGUCGACAUUUGUCUCGAGCUCCCCAGCCGGCUUCAACCCAAAAGGCCGUGAGCACGACCUGGCCUCCAUCGUGGGAGUGAUUCGGACCGCAAACCGUACCGUGUCUAUUUCUGUAAUGGACUACCUCGCACAAACUAUUUAUCUAAAAUCGAAUAUCUUCUGGGCACCAAUUGAUGACGCUAUCCGAGAUGCCGCUUUUCGUGGUGUUCAUGUGAGGAUGUUGCUAUCACGGUGGAAUCAUACAAAACCGGAAAUGGACGCUUACGCUAGAUCCCUCUUGGCUUUUAAUGGUGUUCUAAAUGCGACAAAACGACCGACAGAUCAUGGUUUAAUCGAAGUGAAGCACUUCGUUGUCCCAGCCACAAAAGAACAGGCCCGAAUCCCCUUUGCUCGAGUCAACCAUGCAAAAUUUAUGGUUACAGAGGAUGUGGCUUACAUCGGAACAUCAAACUGGAGCGGUGACUACUUUAUAAAUACCGCGGGUGUCGCGGUCAUUAGCCGAAAAGCGGAGAAUGGGACUAUUGUCGAAGAUCUGCAAGCUGUUUUCGAUCGAGAUUGGGAAUCCGAGUACGCUAGUUUCCUA